AUGUCCAGAACCUGGAGGAGCAUGGAAUUGGCAUUGUUUUUGAGAGCCUGGCGCUGUGCUGAAGGAGAUAACCCAAACAACAUAAUCACUGCUGUGCUGAAGAGUAAUGGUUACACCAGAACAUUAGCACAGAUAGAACAAAAGAAGCAGGAGUUUACACGUUCCUAUGCUCUCAUACGAUCCCAUAUCAGCACCCUUGAUGCCAUCUUAGAUAAUGAACACAGCAAAGAUGAUAAGGAUGGAGGCACGGAUGCAGAUGUCACCCCAAAUGGUAGACACUCAAAAAAACAAAGAAGAAGAUUCAAGCGAGAAACCUACCUGGAAAGUUUCUCCAAGAAGAACAAAUCCAGGAUUGUUUAUCCAGAUUGCUCUUUAGCUUUAAAACCAGUUGCUCAUGCUGCUAAAAAUAUUCCGAUUCCAGAACUUCCUUCAUCUUUUGAUAAAGAUAGUUUAAGUGAAGAAAGUACUGCAUCUACUUCAACUGAAGGCAUACCAAGUGAUACAGCAGUUUACUGUGAUGGACCAGGAUCUUCGGAAAAAGUUCCUCGUUUACUAAGUCAACUUGAGUUAAAUGAUUUAGAUUUUACACAGUUCUACUUACCAGUUUUAAUUCACUGGGUUACUUUCAACCCAGCUGAAGUUGUUCAAGUGACUAAUCUCUUCAUCUUCACUCUUUCUAUAACCCUUCAUGACUUGUGUCAAGGAAAUAAUUCAAUAUUAAAGAAUCUCAAUUAUAUGUUUGACAGGAACAUGCUGGAUAAUUCUCUGCAAGAAUUAAUUACUACUGUCAAAGAACUUGAACAACGUUCAGAAACUAUACAAGAUGAAGGAAAUGAAUGGCGGACACGUUUUGAGACACAGGAAGAAAUCAACAAACAGUUACAGCAACAAGAUCUUGUACUCACCAAGAAAGUGGAUGAAGCAAGGAGGAACUUGAAAGAAGCCACGAAGAAGCCCAAAGAUAACAACAGUACCCAAGACAACACAGAAAUUACUCCUCAGUAUGUUAAAAUCCUGGAGAAAGAGAAGAACAGUUUAGCAAAUCAGCUGAGAGACUUGGAAUGGAGGCUGGACCAGGAAUCAAAAGCAUAUCAUAAAGCUAAUGAUGAACGUAAACAGUACAUCCUGGAGAUUAACAUUACCAAGAGUACAUUAGAAGACUUAAAGAUGAAACAGCGAUACAAUAAUAUCACCAGCCAUUAUGCACACAAUUGUGUCAUGGCUGCACAGAUGAACCAACAAAAUGACCAGUUCCACAACCCAAGACAACAACGGGAUGGAGAUGGGAAUAUAAGAGAAAAUCACAGAGUUUUGGACCCUCGCAAAGGACCGAUGAAAAAAACAGUUGGCAUUCGAACUUUGCCUAGUUUGGACCAAGAUGGUGACUAGAGAACUUUAUGUGGAAUAAACAAAUAGUAAAAAACAACAAUCUAUAUAAAAGCCCUAAGGCUGUGGUCAUGCUGGGGCACUACCAGUGAUUUUAAACAUGGAAUUUUUUUAACCUGAAAAGGAAGCUUAAUAUCUGCAGUAAUUAAAAAAUUGUACAUAUAUUAAUAGACAUGUAAAUAAUUUAUAAUAAAAUUUAAUAAAAUAAAUUAUUUAUACAUGUUUAUUAAUCUGCAAAAUAAUUGUCAUCAAAUAUGAAUAUUCAAUGACGAAAUAAAUAUUAUUAUAGUAUA